UUUGUGAAUCACGGAAAAAGUAGUCCAAAUACAGAUGAACGCUGUCCUAGUUUUGUAGGACCUCGAAAAGCCUUACUAAUCUUACAGCAGACAGUUGACAGCGCCUCUGAGCAGAAAGAAAUUCACACUAGGCGUUGUCGGCGUCUGCAACUUCACCAUUUACUACUGACAAUGCUGCACAGAAAUAUCAAGAACGCAGAAGGCGUAUAGGGACACCUCCUACUGUGGGUGUUGUAACUUGGAAGAACCAGUGAAUGGCAUGUGUGCUGUGCGAGAUCAAAACUGCAGAAUAACUUUUUUGCUAAAUCACGGCGACCAGUGAAAGGAGAGCUCUUUCAGGCAAGCUGUCAUAUGAACGUGUUUGGCUGUUGAUCUGGUGAUCUGUGAAGGGCACAAAUGGCUCAUAGUGUGCACGAACAUUCGAGAAGAGCUCUGCCAGUGGCCCAGGCCACGGUCCUGGCGCUUCCUCCCUCUAUACCAGCUAAAGACCUGAGGCCCAGAUGGACUGCCCUGGAGUCCUUACUGUGUGGUGCAUUUGCUGGAGCUGUGGCCAAAACUGCUAUUGCACCGCUGGAUAGGACUAAAAUCAUUUUUCAAGUGUCUUCAAAGCGAUUCUCAGCUAAGGAGGCGCUGCGACUCCUCUAUUGCACUUACAUGAAGGAUGGAUUCCUCAGUCUUUGGAGAGGAAACUCUGCUACAAUGGUGCGGGUCAUGCCCUACGCUGCCAUCCAGUUCUGCUCACAUGAACAGUAUAAAAGACUUUUGGGUGGCUACUGUGGCUUACAGGGAAAAGCACUUCCACCUUUUCCUCGCUUCUUGGCUGGCUCUCUUGCUGGAACCACUGCUGCUAUGCUCACCUACCCUCUGGAUCUGGUGCGUGCUAGGAUGGCAGUCACAGCUAAAGAAAUGUACAGCAACAUUCUUCAUGUUUUUGUUCGAAUAUCUCAAGAGGAAGGUGUCAGAACUCUUUAUAGAGGCUUCUCUCCCACAAUCCUUGGUGUGAUCCCAUAUGCUGGAAUUACAUUUUUCACUUAUGAGACCCUCAAAAAGCUACACACGGAAAAGACCAGACGGUCACAACCAUAUCCACACGAGCGGUUGGCCUUUGGUGCAUGUGCAGGCCUGAUUGGUCAGUCGGCCUCCUAUCCACUGGACAUAGUGCGACGGCGUAUGCAGACAGCAGGGGUCACUGGAUCGUCCUACUCCACCAUACUGGGGACCAUGAGAGAAAUAGUGAAAAAUGAAGGAGUGGUGCGUGGACUCUAUAAAGGCCUAAGCAUGAAUUGGGUGAAAGGACCUAUUGCAGUAGGGAUUAGUUUCACAACCUUUGACAUAAUGCACAACCUCCUGUUCAAGCUGCAUCAAAUGGGCUUCUUCACACCCUGAAUUGCAGCAGAAAUCCCAGAUGCGACUCGCAAAAUGAUGCUGAAGUCUCCUAUACUGGUGAUACAAGGCUGAUCUGCCACACACUCCUGUGUAUGGACUUGCAGGCAGAGGACUAUGGGAGCUGUGUAGGCUGGAUAAACGCACAUGUAAGAUUCACUUUUUUUUUAGUGGCAUCUUAUUCAGAAGUGGCUUUAAGUGGUUGUAUGCACUUUGCAGAUCAGGGUACAGAUAUAAGUGCAAAUAUGGCUUCAAAUGGUAUAUGGGUUUGAAAUCAUCUGUUUCAUGUGUUAUGUGCAUUAGAUAGAUUCACCUAUUGCAAUUACUCUCAUGUCAACUGAGAGCUCUUUUGGUAAGGCUUGUGUUGAACGUAAGAAUUGAAUUUGCAAGUGAGAUUUUGUUUUAUAUGUUUAAAAAGGACUAUGAUUUGUAGUUCUAAAACUGUUUUUGUAAGAGUAUUAUGCCAUCAUGAACUGAAUGUAAGGCUUGCCCUGAAGGAGGAAGAUGUUUAAAGGCCCACGCCGUCACUGUCCACUACAUCUGUGCUUGAGUGCGUGGAAAGGACAUAGCAUUAAUAAAUCUAAUCAGUUGUAGUUGUUUACAAAAUUAUACCAAAGUACUUAACAAUGCAACACACAAAUGAGCAAUUAUGUGUAAAUAUGUUUUAUUGGUUUUGCACUUCAGCUAGUCAAAAAAUAAUAUGAACUUUGUUCUGUACGUACAGCUGACCUUGCAAUAAAGUCAUCAAUAAAAACAUGUUGAGGACCCUUUGUCCACUAGAGGGAGCUAUCUGAUCAAAAAAUAAAGAUGAAGAUAGCUUCACCCGUCAUUCUUUACGUAGAAGACAGCAAGAAAAUACAAAGUUUCGCCAGUUUAAUAGCAUUUAGUCUUUUGUGUUAAAGGUACAAUAAAUGUCUUCAUUUAGUGUUUUGAUGUACAACAAAAAUAAACUUAACCUUGAUGACUGC